CCAUUUUUAUAUUCAACAAAUAAAUUAUGUUCAAAAUACAUGGCGAAUGUGUGGAAGGGUCCUGUGUUAAAAAAAGCGGAGGCGGCGAAGAAAAAGGCGUGGACAAGCUUUUUAAACCGCUUCCCCAAAGCGGACAAAAGCCGGUUCAUCUCACAAGCAACGAUCGACAAGAAAAAGAACGUGACCGCAGAGGUGUUUUUCAAAGAAAGCGAAGACUCGUUUCAAAGCGUCUUUGGUUCAGACAGGUGGUAUUGGAGCGCGGAAAUGAAAGAAGCGCUUGGUUUGGGAGACAGCGGGGGUUUUCCUUACCAACUGGCGCCGCUUGGCUCAAAAAUUUCCUUGCCCAUCCCUGCCGUACCUUUCGACGGCAAAGUGCCAAGCUUCAAGAAAAUAUUUGACGCCCUGAUACAAAUCUACGUCACGCCUGACCAAUAUUUCACAACCAAAUUAAGAGAAACAUUUCAAGACACAAAACUCAAACACACGACUGCAACUGAAUCAAAACACUGGCAAGGAGGGCCAGACAUGAAAUAUUGGCCGCAGCAGCUCAACUUCGCGGCUUUCUGCGCGACACAGGGGUGCGGAGUGUCUCGCGAAAUCUUCGACAGCGGGAUGAAUCUCCCCCCGCAGGUAAGAGCUUUCUACAAAUUCCACGUGUAUUUCACGGUCAGGCGAAUUCUGUUCCAGCUAGGAGGUGUUCAGAGCAUAAGCGCUUUGCCGGGAGACCCGACGUUCGACCAAAUGAAAAACCAUUACGACGUCGCUUCGUACAAAAGGAUAUGCGGCAAGUUCGGCAUAGACGCAUCAAGCGACAUUAGGUUAACUUCGGGCGCAAAUAGUGGUUUGGGGGUGUUGUACGUUAAGCCUUGGGGAGAAGCGCCAACAAAAACGGGUUAUAAGUAUCCUGAUUGGAACAAGUUCACCGACGAAGGUGGAAAACUGGAUAAGGGUGACCUUAUUGAGUUUAUACGGCCCGAUGUUUUUGGAGAUCGGCAGUUCGACUGGUUUGCACCUAACACCGCAAACGGUUUGACGCAGGCGAGCUUGUCGAGAAUCAACCAGUCAAUUGAGGCUUUCGUUUACUGCGUCCUUGGCACGCAAGUCAACGUCCGCAGCAGCAUUCUCGGUGCGGGCGGUUGGGCGAGAGAAGCCCAAAGCAAGUUGUUGGUGCUGAUGGAAAGCGCGAUCAGACAGCCAGACUUGGCCGCGAGCGUGCAAAGGUACCAGCUUGCGGUGGACCAAGCGAAGGUCAGGCUCAAUCUGGGUGUUGCCCCCAUGGCCUGACUGAUGCCCGCGCAAAUGAU